UGCAUUUCUUGUAAUGGCGUAUGGUGGUAGUAACUCUAUGUUUGAAGAACUGAUUGUGAAGAAAGGAGAGCCAACCCUAGUUCCUCCUGCAGAGGAGACGGAAGAGAAGGGUCGACUAUUCUUUCUCUCCAACCUCGACCAAAACUACCAGGUCUCAGUUCCAACCAUUUACUGCUUUAAAUCAACAGAAGAGGGUAAAGGCAACGAGAAAGCUGCGGAAGUAAUCAAGGAGGCCUUGUCAAAACUUCUCGUUCACUACUACCCAGUUGCCGGCCGACUCACAUUCGGCUCCGACGGAAAGCUAAUGGUGGACUGCAAUGGGGAAGGUGCUGUUCUUGUUGAGGCAGAAGCCAACUGUACCAUACAAGAGAUAGUUGACAAUGCAGAACAAGGACUUGUCCAUCUUGGAAAGAAGCUGGUUUAUGAUAUUCCUGGUGCCAAAAAUACCCCAGACAUACCGCCUCCUUUAGUGGUUCAGGUGACAAAUUUCAAAUGUGGAGGAUUUUCUCUCGGGCUAAGGGUGUACCAUUGUAUAUUUGAUGGAGCUACUGCUAUGGAUUUCGUAACUUCAUGGGGUGAAAUUGCCAGAGGCUUGCCCCUGAAGGUUCCUCCAUUUCUAGAUAGAUCCAUACUCAAAGCUAGAAACCCACCCAAGAUCGAGUUUCCUCAUCACGAAUUCGCUGAAAUUGAAGAUAUAUCAAACACCGCGGAUCUAUACAAAGAAGAAGAAUUGGUAUACAAAUCAUUCUGCUUUGACUCUGACAAGAUUGCAAAGCUCAAAAUGAAAGCCAUGGAAGAUGACGGGUCGGUUCUCGCCAAGUGCACUACAUUUGAAGCACUCUCAGCUUUUGUAUGGAAAGCUCGAACUCAGGCUCUAAAACUUAAGCCUGAUCAAAAAACAAAGCUCCUCCUGAUUGUGGAUGGACGAUCUAGAUUCAACCCACCAAUGCCAGAUAAGUUCUUUGGGAAUGGAGUUGCGCUAACAAAUUGUCUUUGUAGUGCAGGUGAGCUAAUUGAGAAGCCAUUGUCAUGUACAGUGAGACAAGUUCAGGAGGCAAUUAAGGUAGUCACAGAAAGUUAUAUGAGGUCAGCCAUAGAUUAUUUGGAAGUAACAAGAGCUAAUCCUUCUCUUACUUCAACACUCCUCAUCUCUUCAUGGACAAGGCUAUCUUUCCACACAACUGACUUCGGAUGGGGAGAGCCUCUGCUAGCAGGGCGGGCGACUUUCCCCUUGAAAGAGACAGCAUUGUUCCUUUCUCCGGGGAAAUUAGAUAGGAAAAGCAUUUCUGUGCUUCUCGGUCUGCCAGCCUCUGCUAUGAAGAUCUUCCAAGAAUUGACGCUCAUUUGAUCGAUCAAGAGAAAAGUAACUACUAGCUCCCACCUAUUCAUUAAAAAUUAAGUUUUCCUGGAUUUUCUUCAUACAAUAUAUAUAUAUAAUUGUGAUUGAUUGUGUUACUCAAUGUAAAACGAUUAUCCCAGUUUGGUUAAUUUAAUGGAGGA